AUGAGGUCGCUCUUUCUAAUUGCAUGUGCAGCAUGCGCCACGUUUGUACACGCCCUUGUCGUCCCGGAUGUCCCUUCCGAGCUUGUCACGAGCGCUACCAACAACACCCUUCCAAGUGAAAAUCCUCUUGAGGAGUGGUCUGGACCAGCAAAGGCGGCUGCCGACGAUCCAUGGACGCUCUCCGUUGCUCGAGGCGCAAAGCUGUUGCAAGGCAUGAAAAGCAACGAUGCGGAAGCAGCGAGCCUCUACGGCUUAGAAACCACAGCGGAAUCAUCCUUUGACGGUAAUCUCAUCGAAAAGUUGCGCGAAUGGGGCUACAAUGAUAACAACGACGCUCUAGCCAGGCAAGCAGACCCAGAGUGCAACUUCGACAGUCGCGAUGGCCACAUGCUUAAGAAAGCCUUUAAGGACCUUGGAAUCAGGACAAACAGCAAGGGCAAAGGGGGGCCAAACCAAUGUUUCGCAAUUGAGCAUGCCAAUGGUCCAGCUGUCAGGUUGGGAGACAAUGGAAAGAUCCCCGAAAAAGCCGACCAGCGGUAUGAAGUUUGUGGAAAAGAGUACAGAGUCACAAACGCUGAGCAUACAAUUGGCGUCAAUGCAGAAGCUGGAGCGGUAUAUGCUAUGCAGCUUUCCUCGGCUGCCAAAGCAGCGCACAGACUAUGGAAAAGAGCGCCGCUCACUGAAGAACUUCCAGCUAUACGUAGCGUCUCUGACAUUGCAUGGGCGUUUUGGAAUAGAGCACAUGAUUUGCAAGGCCUGGACAACAUCAAGUAUCUCUUUGUUGCCAUGAUCAUCAACAAAGAAACCAAUCAACAUGUCAAGCGCGCUUUGGGUACGCUGUCACCUCCAAAAGACGAACCAGAUGGAUGGCCAGGUCACGACUUCAACAUGGAUACGGAUGAAGGAAAAGCGCUACUCGGCUCGCCGGUUGGACGCUGGGCAGGAUAUUUCUUGAUGCAGCAUAAAAGGCAGCUAGGAGGAAACAAAUACAUAGCCAACGUGAGGGUGUUCAAGAGUGAGAAGGAAGGUAGUUGGCCGUACUUCUUAUUUCAUGUCGCCGGCCCUGGUACAGCUCCUAUCUGGAAGCGGAGCGCCAGCACGGAUUUAGGAGAGGGAUAUGUAGACGCAGGACCAAAGGUUAUCAUGAGAAGUGAGAAUGGAAGACAUAUGGUUAGAGAGCAUGUUAUUCGGGCUGAUAGGUAA